AUGGGAAGGAUACUUUCUUUUGGUAAAUGGGUCAGGGAUAUUCCGUUGAGGUUAAAGUUUCCUCACCUCUUCGAGUUGGCCGUGGAAAAAGAGUCUAGUGUGGAGCGUAUGGGGAGGCUCAGGUGGGAGAUAGAUGGUGAGGCGUGGGAUAAUGUUCACGACACUUGGAGGUGGCAUUUAGAUCCUGUGCAUGGGUACUCGGUGCGGGAAUCCUUUCGGUUUAUUACUAGUUCAGGUGACAUGGUGGAUAAGACUCUUGUUGACGACGUUUGGCAUAAACAUGUUCCUUCAAAGGUGUCUCUAUUGGUGUGGCGCCUUCUUCGUAAUAGAGUUCCUACCAAAAACAACUUGACACAUCGUGGUGUUUUGCCUACAAAUGACACGGCUUGUGUGGCUGGUUGUGGUAUAUCCGAAACUACUCAACACCUUUUCCUUCAAUGCAAUAUUUCGAAUGAGCUAUGGUCUCAGCACUGUGACUCUGUAAAUAUUUUCGGUGUUCAUCCUUUUGCACACCUUGUGCGGGUGGUAACAUCGUUGGGUUUUAUUUAA